AUGCUGCUGAUGUCUAUCUUCGUCGGCAUGUUCCUAGUGUCUCUUGACCGUCUCAUCAUCUCAACCGCUAUCCCCCACAUCACCGACGAGUUCAACUCGGCGGGCGAUAUUGGCUGGUAUGGCACGGCAUACCUGCUCACCAACUGCGCUUUCCAACUAGUGUUUGGAAAGAUAUACACCGUCUUCAGUAUCAAGACUAACUUUCUAACAUCUAUCCUCCUAUUCGAGAUUGGCUCAGCUCUCUGCGGUGCAGCCCCGAACUCUGUCGCUUUCAUCUUCGGAAGGACUAUCCCCGGUCUGGGGGCUGGAGGCAUUCUCUCUGGUGUGGUGGUCGUCAUUGUCUAUGCUGUUCCGCUACACAAGAGGCCCAAAUACCAGAGUGCCUUUACCACCAAUGUCACCUGGAGAUGGUGCUUUUACCUCAACCUUCCCUUGGGAGGGGUCAUUGCGGUGUUUGUUUUUCUCUUGCUCCACGUUCCCGAUCGCCCUAACACCAAUAUUCCUCUGGAAGAUAAGCCACGACAGCUCAAUGCUCUAGGCCUACUUGCCCUCCUUCCCCGGGGUUGUUUGCCUAUGUCCCUAUGUCUAGCCCUGCAAUGGGGGGAGGGAGCACCACAUACACUGUGGUGGAGUGAAAGGCGCAUUAUGGCAUUGCUUGUACUCGCCUUUGCUCUCUUGAUCACCUUCACCUUGAUACAGAUCUGGAAACCACAACAAGCAACACUACCACCACGCCUCUUCAUCCAGCGCAGCAUCGCCUCCGGCUUCUGGGUAAGCUCAUGCCUAGGCGCGCAUAUAAACCUCUUCGUAUACUACCUCCCCAUCUGGUUCCAAGCCAUUGAUAACGUCUCAGCAGUCGACAGUGGCAUCCGCCUCCUCCCCAUGGUAAUACCCAUCGUCAUAGCAUCCAUCCUCACCAGCCAACUAGUGUCCCACAUAAGCUACUACACCCCGUUCAUGAUCUUCGGCGUCUGCCUCACAGCAACCGGAACCGGCCUACUCACUAACUUACAAACCAAUACUUCCAAGGCAAAAUGAAUCGGCUUCCAGAUUCUAUACGGCUUUGGUCUUGGCUCGUGCUCCCAGGCGCCCAACAUGGCCGUGCAGACGUGGCCAUCGGUGCAUCACUCAUGUUCUUCGGACAGCAGCUUUUUG